CUGCGUGGGAUUCUCGAAGAGUUUGUAACUUCAUUCUCUUCUGCUUUGAGCGGCCGAAGGCUUCUUUGUUUGGCUCCUGAGAAAAUUGAAGAUAACAAAAGAAAAAAGCUUGAAGGAUAACUCUUCAGUCUUCACUGCUCUGAGUUCAUGCAUGCUUGGGACUGAUGCAGCCACAUUGCCACUCUCUCUCUCUCCCUCCCACACACGUACAAGCAGAGAUUAUGCAUCCUUCUAGCUGAUUGAGCUUGCGCCAUUUAAGAAAUAGUGAAAAUUUAGACCCCAAUUGUUUCUUUUUCUUUAAUUUUCGUGCAGCAAUUUUCUGGCCUGCCUGCAAACUCUCUGAUUAUCUAAUUUUCCAUUUUCUUUUAGGAUACUUCUAUUUCUUUUCAAAGUCUGAAUUUCAGUGAAUUGGGAGCUUAUGCAGCAUAGUAUUGGCCAUAUUGAAAUUAAUUUCCGAAGAAUUAUUAAAGUAAUUUGGGUGUCACCUGACCUCUGUUCUUGAGGGGUUUACAUGUUUCAAUAUUUUGAUGAGUUAUGCCAUAUGGGAAACCGGAGAUUGCUUUUUCUGUUGGCGGUACUUGCUGUUAAUUAUUUGCUGUUUCAGUCAAUAUUGGUUCCAUAUGGAAGUGGAAACGCUUCUUGGUCUUCAGCGCCGGAAAACUAUGAAUUGUUACAUGAUAAAGUUAGCUUUCUAUCAUUGCACUCAACUCCUAAGUAUUUCACUAUUUGGAAUCCACUAGCAGGUAAUGCUUCAGAGUUUUCUAACUCUUCUGGUUUCAUUGCUAUGUUGGGAAAAGUGCAUAUUCCUAUUUUUGGAAAAAAUGACAGCUUGGAGUUGGAGAGUGUUGGUUUCAAUAAAAGUUUCGCAGCAGUUUUGGCCAAGGACAGUAAGGUUGGCUUUUCAGUGAAGCAAUUUUUGGAGACAAAAAGGGAUAUUUCUACAAUAUCUCAAUUGGUAGAAAAUAAAAAUAUGGAUUCAAGGGAUACAUCUCAGGGUACAACUUCCUCUGCUAAUCUGACCAGUCUUGAAAUUUCUCCCCAGAAAAAUGAUUUUUUUUCCUCAGAUAACAGUGCUGCAGCGAGUACUCCUAGGAAAAAGAUGAAAUGUGACAUGCCGCCUAAGUCAAGAACAUUAAUACAGGAGAUGAACCAUAUACUGUUGCGCCGCCGUGUUUCUUCUCGUGCAAUGAGACCAAGGUGGUCAACCAAACUUGACCUGGAAGUUCUUGCUGCAAGGUUAGAGAUUGAGCAUGCUCCUAUAGUAACAUAUGACAAAGAACUUUAUGCUCCUCUCUUUCGCAAUCUUUCUAUGUUCAAAAGGAGUUAUGAACUCAUGGAACGCAUACUCAAGGUUUAUAUAUACAAGGAUGGAAAUAAACCCAUCUUUCAUCAACCUAUACUUAAGGGACUAUAUGCCUCGGAGGGUUGGUUUAUGAAAUUGAUGGAAGAAAAUAAGCAUUUUGUUGUGAAGGAUCCUGCAAAGGCCCACCUGUUUUAUAUGCCAUUUAGUUCACGUAUGUUAGAAUACUCCCUUUAUGUUCGUAACUCUCAUAAUCGGACAAAUCUCCGUCGGUAUUUGAAGGACUAUACAGAUAAAAUUUCUGCAAAAUAUCAUUACUUCAACAGAACUGGUGGUGCUGACCAUUUUCUUGUUGCUUGCCAUGAUUGGGCUCCGUAUGAAACAAGGCACCAUAUGGAAUACUGCAUAAAAGCCCUCUGCAAUGCUGACGUAACUCAAGGCUUUAAAAUAGGAAGGGAUGUUUCUCUUCCAGAAACUUAUGUCCGGUCAGCAAGAAAUCCUCAGAGAGAUCUGGGAGGAAGGCCUCCUCACCAAAGACCCAUUCUUGCUUUCUAUGCUGGAAAUAUGCAUGGUUAUUUGCGUCCAAUAUUGCUAAAGCACUGGAAGGACAGAGACCCUGAUAUGAAGAUAUUUGGCCCAUUGCCACCUGGUGUUGCAAGCAAAAUGAGUUACAUCCAGCACAUGAAGAAUAGCAAAUACUGUAUAUGCCCUAAGGGAUAUGAGGUCAACAGCCCAAGGGUGGUUGAAGCCAUAUUUUAUGAGUGUGUCCCUGUGAUUAUAUCUGACAAUUUUGUGCCACCGUUUUUUGAGGUUCUAAAUUGGGAUGCAUUCUCAGUAAUCCUUGCAGAGAAAGAUAUUCCCAACUUGAAACACAUACUUCUUUCAGUGCCUAAAGAGAAGUAUCUCAAGUUGCAACUUGGGGUCAGAAGGGUUCAGAAACAUUUUUUCUGGCAUGCAAAACCCUUGAAGUAUGACCUCUUCCACAUGACCCUUCAUUCAGUUUGGCAUAAUAGAGUGUUUCAAAUAAAGGUGAGACGAUGAUGCGUAUGAGCCCUCUGAACUAGAAAGCUGAAGCACAUCUCGCUAAAGAGCUUAUGAAAAAGAAAAGAAGACUUAAUUAUAAUAGACACUGCUUCUUGAGAUGUGGAGGGAAUUUCUGGGUAUGAGAAAUUGAGAAAGAAGAUAGUAGGAACUAGGAAUCUAUAUUUAGUGUCCUAUUUUGUUCUGUUUGUAUAUAUGUUGCACCAUAUUUCUUCUGAAUGUAUUAAAAAGAAAAUAUUUCGGAUCAUUUUGCUGAGUCACCAUGUUUUGAAGUAACAAGUAAGCUCAACUUUUCUCUUUCUUUCAUCACUCUUGUUUCAAUUAUCUCACA